GUGAGACGGGGCCAUUCGCUCCGAGUGGAAUCGCGAUGAAUCAGGUCUUGCGAAAAUAGUUGAAUUUUUUACGGUGUUGUAGAAUUUGGCAAAGCAUAAUUAAUGGUUGGCAGUGAGUGAGCGAGUGAGUGUUAGUUUUGUAAUGAAGUUUGUGACGCGGAGUGUGUCUUGGACUUCGACGAUGGGGCUUGAGUGAUGUGGACGACGAGUGAGGAGGAGGAGAAAUCCGUUUCGGAGUUCAUUGUUGUGGAAUUUGAUGUUGAGAGUGUGUGUGUGUGUGUGUGUUGAGUGGGUGAGGGUGUCUGGAGUUGCAAUGUGGGAGGAAGAGCAAGCAGUGGUGCAGGUGAGAGAGAGUGAGAGCGAGUAGAGAGGCAAGAGGCGGCCAUAGCGUGUAGGCAAUUGGAGGUGAAGGUCGUGAUCUGUUGUGCGACUUGGCGUUGCGAGAUUGUGGUGGGAAUGUGACCUUGGAGCGGUGAGUGCUUGGGGUGCGAGCAAUUGUUGUGGAGGCGGCAGAAUUUGGAAGGUGGGAGUAAGGGUGUUGGUGAUUUGGUUGGGGUGGGGUGAGAGAUGGAGGCAAGCGUGGCAAUGGCGAUGCUGGAAUGUACAGCGUCGUUGCCGUCGACGCUCUGCACAUCCUCCUCAGGGAAAAUUUCGAGCUCGGUGUCGGGGACGGGGUUGGCAUGCUUUCCCAUGCAGGGGAGAAGUUGGGCCAAGUUGAAGCAAUGCCAUGGGGGGAUGUGGAAGGGAGCGCAUCGGAGGACCGUGAUUACCAGAGCACAGGUCGGGAAGAAAGGGCCCGCGGGUGGUGGAGGAAGGAAGGAUAGGGGGGUGAUGUUGGAUGAGAGCAAGAAGUUGCUGGCAAUGCAGAAGGAGUUGCUUGAUAAGAUUGAGGAGAGGCAGAAGUUGUUAUCUUCGUCAGGCCAACCUUCAGCUAGUAUUGGUGUUGAUCAAUUGAGCGAACCUAAACCUAGCAUAUCUCAGUCAACUGUGGAAGUUUCUGAAGCUUCCUCUAGCACACAGACGGCCCCUUCUGAAACAUCCGAUAGGUCUGGUAGUGCUGUUGCUCAGCCUUAUUCUCCUGGGAUCAGUAUGCCUGAUGGGCAGCAGAAAGAAAGUACAGAUUUUCACAGUGACCAUGGUCGUGUGGGCACUGCUGGCAAUGUUUCAGAGAUGCCUCAACCAGCAGCAGUUGAGGCCGAAGCUGCAGCGCCUAGUGAAGCUGAAAAGCCACCCCCAUUGGCUGGACCUAAUGUGAUGAACGUCAUCGUCGUUGCUGCGGAAUGCGCGCCGUGGUCUAAAACAGGGGGUUUGGGGGACGUUGUGGGAGCACUUCCUAAGGCGCUCGCUCGCAGGGGUCAUCGCGUAAUGGUUGUGGCACCUCGAUACAGUAAUUAUAAUGAUGCAUGGGAAACAGGAAUACGCAGGAUUUACAAUGUGUCUGGACAGGAUAUGGAGGUUGGAUAUUUUCAUUGUUUCUUGGACGGUGUUGAUUAUGUUUUUAUUGACAAUCCUAUCUUUCAUGCAUAUGCCAACAACAUCUAUGGCGGAUCACGAGAGGAUGUGCUGAAUCGCAUGAUUCUACUCAGCAAAGCUGCUGUGGAGACCCCAUGGCAUGUCCCUUGCGGUGGUGUGUGCUAUGGUGAUGGAAACCUAGUAUUCAUUGCCAACGACUGGCAUACAGCGUUGGUACCGGUUUAUCUGCAGGCUCACUAUCGGGAUAACGGUUACAUGAAAUUCGCUCGAUCAGUGCUGGUCAUUCAUAAUAUGGCUCAUCAGGGGAGGGGACCACUGAAGGACUAUGGAAAAUUAGGUCUACCUGAUCACUAUAUCAGUAAAUUUCGGCUUUACGAUCCGCAAGGAGGGGAGCACAACAACAUCUUCAUGGCAGGUCUCAUUACAGCACACCGCAUCGUAACUGUAAGCCAUGGCUAUGCAUGGGAGGUACAAACACCGGAGGGAGGUUGGGGAUUGGAUGGGGUAAUCAGGGACCACAACUGGAAGCUGAGAGGUGUAGUGAAUGGUAUCGAUGACAAAGAAUGGAAUCCAGAUUUAGAUGUCCAUCUGAAAAGUGAUGGUUACACCAAUUACGACAUCGAAACUUUAGAUUCUGGCAAAGCGGCAUGCAAGGCAGCGUUGCAGAAAGAAUUGGGAUUUCCAGUGCGUCCUGAGGUGCCUUUGCUUGGAUUCAUAGGCCGGCUCGACUCCCAAAAGGGAAUAGAUAUAAUAGCACAGGCCAUGCCAUGGCUGGUGACCCAGGAUAUCCAACUGGUAAUGCUUGGAACCGGACGCAAAGAUUACGAAGACAUGUUGCGACAUUUUGAGGGUGCAUAUCGGGACAAAGUGCGGGGAUGGGUCGGUUUUUCUGUGCAGACGGCCCAUAGAAUCACUGCUGGUGUCGAUAUUUUGUUGAUGCCGUCCAGAUUCGAGCCAUGUGGACUGAACCAGCUGUACGCAAUGCGCUACGGCACAGUACCAGUUGUGCAUGCUGUUGGUGGUCUGAAGGACACAGUGCAGCAAUUCAACCCCUUCAAUGAAUCAGGCCUGGGAUGGACCUUCGACGGCCUGAACGCAGAUGCUUUUAUCCACGCCCUUGGAAAUGCCAUGUGGACCUACCUUGAUUUCAAGACUAGCUGGAAGGGUAUCCAGCAACGAGGCAUGUCCCAGAACUUGAGCUGGGACCACGCAGCCCAGCAGUACGAGGAAGUCCUCCUUGCAGCCAAGUACACUUGGUAACCAACUUGUCUCAGCUCUGCCAUUUGUGCAGCACAUUAACUUCUUAUGGAUUUUCUCGCAAUCGUCUCUGGCGAGCUUCUUCAUCGCUGCAUCAGAUCACAUUUCAAUCUGGAGCUGUAGAUAUAUUUUUGCGUUGCAAAUGCUGGUGAUCUAGUUCAGGAUCUCCACCUCCAAGCUGAGUCCAGUUUAUCAGCUGGAUUUUAGUGCGUGGAGGGGAUUAUCGAAGUUUGAAAAUCCUCUUUCCUUGAAAGGUGCACACUCAUCUGGCAAAGGCUACCAUUUUUGGUUCCUUCCUGUCUGAAGGCAUCCUACAGCUCUAUUUCUCAAGGUGGGUAGCUUUUCCAAGGUCUGAAAUGGGGAGGGUCAAAUUGAGCUGAUAAGAUUGUAUCGUAACAUGAUAAGGAGGCGCCCUACUAAUUGAUGUUAAAGGAUGAGUGACCACUCUGGAAUAGCUUGUGAAGACAUGGAAUACAUGCUUCUUGUUAUUAUGCAAGUCUGGAAUUGCAUUCUUUUAUUUGUAAUCAGAUCCUUUUUUACCACUUUGUAACUCA